UACAUCAGAUGGAGGUCUCAUCUGCAUCUGGAUUUCAUCUUCUAGUCACUAUUCUCCAGUCUUCUUAGAGAGACUAGUGAGAUUCUCCAUGGUAAAGUCAUCUGUUCUAUGUCACCAAAUGACCCCUUGUGUUUAAGAAGUUCUUUUUCCAAGAAAAUAAAACUAUGUUACAUGCUUCAUCAUGAGCAGGUCUGAAGGAGCAGGUAAUGUUCAUGUGCCCAUUUCUCCAUCUGUCCUUGCUGCUAAUGGAUUGAUUCUGCCUCUUCAAGAACCUACAUAUCUUCCUCCAUAUCGUACACAUUUUUGGUCUCGAAUCAACCACUUUGAUAGAUAUCCAAGACCAUUUCAUUGUGAUCGCCUUCAGAGACUGCCUCCACAUCGCUCAUUCGUUACCACAGCUGAUUCAACAGAUGAGUUGAAUUCUUCUUUGUCUUCUAGACUUUCUAUUAGUGACAGAAGAGAAGAAAUGGAUCUGAAGCAGAAAGUUCAUCAGCUGGAAAAGAAUUUGGCCUUUGUGAAAGAACAGCAUGCCUUGGUCUUGCAUAGCUUGCAUGAAGAAGUGGAGGAACUUAAAGAGAAAAACAGAGAGCUUCAGUUUCAUCUUACCAUGGGUACAGAUGCAUCAGAUAAGGAGUCAAAUAUUAUAAAACCCAAGUCAUGUUGCUCUGAAAACAAAGUAAAAAUUGAGAAAUUGGAGAAGGAAUUAAAAAAAUUACGUGCUGCAUUGAGAGAUGCUCUAAAAUCUAAUGCUACUCUUGUAACCCAACUGGAGCUGUUCAAACGGGAACAGUAUUUAAAUGCUAGUUCUGUAACCACUGUUCCUUACCAACCGAUCCAAUUUGAGACUUGUCCAGAGGGAAUGACCAGAGCUCCCCAACACUCUGGUCCGUCUCAUAAAAUUGAUGAGUACAGAGAUACAAUCCAUCAAAUUGACCAAGCAUCUGCUAGAGCUAGAAUUGGCAGGGGUUAUCACAGUGGCUAUUAUGGAGACAGAUCUGGUUAUAAUGACAGCCGUGGGAGACAGAAUCAACAAAACCAACAUCGACUUCCAAGGUUCCCAUUGAGAAAUACCAACAUGUCUCAUAUACAGUACGAAAUUCAGUACCGACAAAGGAGUUCUAUCAACUUACCUAAUUUAAAGCAACAAGUGAUACCUGUAAUGGAUAGAGGUGAGAAGUAUCGAAAAAACAGAGGUAACCCCAGACCUCAAGUUCCUCAUCACUGAAUUUUCAUUUAGACAAACUCAGGUGACAGUUGGAAGAAUAUUAAUUGUACUAUAUUGGAUUUCAAGUCAGACUGUAGAAGGAAAAAAUGUUUGUAUAUAGAUACAUACAUAUAUAUAUGUGUAUGUAUGUAUAUAUAUAUAUCGUAAUAUAUACAUGAAUCUGGUUUCUAUAAUAUAUAUAUAUGUGUGUGUGUGUGUGUGUGUGUGUGUGUGUUUUUUUCCUGUAUCAAAAUACAAAUAGAGUUAACUUUGCUUGAAACCAGCAGAUCUUGUAAUAAAAUUAAUUGGCCAUUUGCUGAAACACUGAUGCUAGAGCUGUUGAUUUUGUUAUGCUAUUUAAACUGUGAGACCUUUAUAAUCUUUGAAAAUUGUAGUUAAAAUUUACUUUGGAAGAGCUUAUUUGCUGUGAUAAUUUUUAAUGUUCUAAGUUAUUUAUUUUGCUAGUUCGUAUAUGUUUACAUUUUGUAGCUUUGUUUGUCAUACCUUGAACAAAAAGUAUUUAAAUGAUUUUUUCAGAUAAUUUUUUUUUAAGUUGAGCCUUAAGCAACAUUAAAAUCCAUUGUCAAUGCUGAAAAUAAACCUUGAUUAUGAAUUGUACAAGUCAGUGACCUCACUACAAAACAAAUCUGUAUAUUUGUGACUAAGUCAUCUAUUUAAUGAAGAUAACCUUUAAAUUAUCCCCCCUCUCUUCCCUGAUUGUCAGGUAUAACUAGGUAAUAUGAGAAUUACCUGAUUUAAAGUAUAGCUAUUAGAUGUUUAGGAAACAAGUGAAAUAAUGAAAAGAGUUACUUGUAGUAUCUGUUGCUUGUUGUUGUGCUGUUUGUUGACUCAUUGUAAAAUAUGAUUUACGAGAUACAAUUUUUCAAAUAUUCUCAUGCUCAUGCAAUGUUUUCCUGUAUUUAACUUGUUAAUUACAUUAACAAAAUUUAGCAUUUUAUUUUUCUUUAGAAAUCAUGUUCUUAUCUCAGAACUUAGCCUGUGAUGCUUAUAUUUAGUUUCAAUAUCAAUAAGGCAAUUUGGCAAAAUGACCUAUUGUUUGCCUCAUAAAUAUAUGUUAGAAAUGUACUUUUUCUGACUAUAAAUGCUAAAAUAGUUUACCAGUUUUUAGUUAGGUAUAUAGUUAAAAGUUGUUCUAAUAAUUGAACAUUUGUUGUAAUUGUAUGUUGGUUGUUAUGUUGAGUUUACCAUUUGUAAGAUGCUAAGCAAACUAAAAUUAUAUAUAUUUAGUUCUCUAAAGCAGCUUUAAGAAUGAAUGUAGAAAAUUAAUAACUAUAUUAAACAUGGGGAAAAAUAAGAAUAAAAAUAUUUUUAAUUAAUUACCAGUAACUUUAGUUUCCGGGGAUGGAGAUAAAUGAUUCAUCAAUUAUUUAGUGAAAUGACAAUAAUCAAGUAAUUUUUAUUGAGACAAAAUACCCUGUAAAAGCAUAUGCAUGCAAUUUCUGUAUAAUAUAUUUAAUUUAAUCCUAAGUUGAAAAGAGACUAAGGAAGCUAAAGAAUUAGUGCUUGCUUUUUACUGUGGCAUUAGAGAAAUCUUUUUUCUUUUUAAUUGCUGUAUCUAAAGAUUUAACAAACUGAUUUUCAAAAGAUUGAAAUCCUGACUUGUAUGAAUGAUAAUUGGCACACAACUUUAGUGUGUCUAAGAAAAGGAAAAGUAUUCUGAAAUUGAUUCAUUUGUUAUUAUUCACCAGUCUAGAUUUAAUAACAUGUUUUAAAACAGUAUACUGAACCAGUGGAAAAAUUAGUUUCAAGUGAAAAACAGUUUUUUGUUGUUUUUUUCUCCCCCAAUAGAUAUUUUGAAGAUUAAAUAAAUUGUGACUGUUCAUCACUUACAUAGAUGUUCAUAAUAAUUUCCUAUGGUUUAAAUAAUGUCGCUUAAAGUUAAAGUCUUAUAAAGAUUAGCAUACAUACACAAUUUCUAUUCUGAUUAAGAAGUUAGCACACAGGAUCACACACAAAAGUUAUAGGUUUUCAAAACGAGACCCAAAACUCGAGCUUUCGAAUUAGUUUCUCAGAUUUUAUUUCUUCAUUUUAAUUUCAUUUUAAAAAUAUCAAUUACAAUUAGUGUUCAGUGACAAUAAAUUAAACUGUUCUUGGCCACAUUUAUAAAUAUACUUCUUUAUUCAGAAAAAAACAAAAAAUAGUGCUCCUGUCAUCACAAAUAAAUUACAUUAGUUUUUGUUUUGUAUUAAGAAUGAAUUUGGAUUGUAUUAUGAUAAUCUGUUUACCUUAUUUCUUUUUACAGCUGGAUUUUGUGAACCUUAGGAACAAUACUGUAUUCUUCCUAUGGAUGUAUAUAUAUUUAUACUGUUGUUUUUUUAAACUUCAUGCAUGAGUGUUAUUAUUAUUAUCAGUGGUUACUUGCUUGAAAAAAAAACUUUUUUUUUUUACCCUAUCAGAGAUCAGUAAUUAAAAAGAAAUUUAUAUUUUAUAUUAAUUCAGACUAACAAGUAUUGUAUACUUGUUUUAAGACUGUUAAUGGCAGAGCUGAAUGUGUGGACUUAAAACUGUAAACUCAAGAUUGGUGGGAAAUGAAUUUUUCUCUCCUGUAAUAGUCACUUAUUAGAGAAUUAAAAACAAAAAACGUCUUUCACAAAAGUUAAUAAAUUCAGAUGGUCUUAAUUGUUCCAUUGUAAUAAUCAUAUUGUAGUCAUUUCAUGUACCCUUGUUACAUUAACAUUUUUUGUUUAUUAUGGUUUAUUUGUUGUUUUUAUAUGAAAUAUUUGUAGGUGAAAGUAUGGUUCAAGGAAAUUGUGAACAUGUCUUCCACCUGUGUAUAUGGUCUAGGCAUACCUGUGUACUGUUUUGUAGUGCUCUUAGGAUUUUUCUUUCUAAAGAAUGGGCAUUGCGAGUCUAUAGAUAUUUCGUGUUGCAUCAUCUGGAAGCUUAUAAUUGUUUUUCAAGAAACAUGUUAGGUAUACUGACUCAUUUAACCACAGUUUUACAACUUAACAUCAAAAGAUCUAAACUUCUUAGUAUUUUUUAAUGAAUUAAAAUUAAUUCUAAUAUCAUUAAAUAUAUAUUUGAUUAAAUUGUUAGAGAUAUCAAUAGACUGCAUAUAAAGGUUUUUUUGUUUUUUUUUGUGUGUAUGUGUUUCUCAGCAAACUUUAGAAUAACUUGAACCAUGUAAUAAAUGGGAAGAAGAACUACAAAAUACAACAAUAAAAAUUGCUUUAACAAAGUAUUUCCUGGAAUUUUAAAAGGUACUCAUCUUUUGUCAUUUUCCUUCAAGUUGAUACAAUUUCCUACAUAAACAUUUUAGUUGCAUUGUAUGGUGAGCAGAACAAGACUAAUGUUACUUCGUUAUUAAUAUAUGGUAACCUCUUUUUUUUUUCCUUUUUCUUUUUAUAGUUGUUAGUAAUCAUAGGAUCAGACCAUUUUCUAUAGAUAAUAUGUUUGGUAGAUAUUUAUACAAAAUUGUUUUAUAUGAUAAUUGUAGUUCUUUUUGCUUCUUAAUCAGGCCAAACAUAAACUUUCUUAGAAUUCUUGUAUAAAUAUGAAAUAUUGAGAUAUGUUAGUUUUUAUAAUGUUUUUCAUUUCAUUUGAACAUAUGCUUUUACUUUAUUUUGUAUUUUUCCAAGGAAAAUUCUAUAUUAUUAUAGUACAUUAAUGUUUGUAUGCCUUGUUUCUAGAUAAAUAUCAGACUACUACAUAUAGCCACACACACAUUAUGUAAAUUAACUUUAAAGAGGCAGAUAUGAUGUAGAAUAAAUAACCACAUAAAGGUAAGCAAGUUAGAAGGUAAGUAUGCAGAUAGGCAGUGUGUAAGGUAGCUAUUCAGAGACAAGUAGGAUGUAAGGCAAGUACAUAAGAGGCAGAUUCUGUUUUACAUAACAUAGGAUAUAAGAUACUGGAUUACUGUGAAAUUGUAUAAGUCUAAAUAUAUAUAGUAUCAAAGUAGACUAGAAUGAGAUAUUUUAAGUUGUGUAGAAGUUUGUUACUGGGUUAUAUAGCUGAAAAUAGAACUUAACAGAUUACAUUGUUUUAUAAAGAAGUAGAUAAAAGUAUAGAUGAAAACAAGAGGAAAGAUACCGGAUUACUUUGAGCUGAUGUAGAAUGUGUGCAUUGGCACACAGGACAUAGUAUGCUGGGUUAUUUUGAUUGGAUAUAAAUAGACUGGAGGUAUUAAGAUGAGUUAUUCUGGCAGUGUUUAGGUACAAAAGCAGUAAUAGUUUGUUUUGUUUUUCAUCUCAUAUAGAGGUGUGAUGUUUAUAGGUGGACUGAGGAUGUUGAAAUAAUGAAUUUUGAUUUAGUUCAGUAAUAUACUGUCUUUGGAUAGACUGAAUAUGUUGAAGAAGUGAAUAAUUUUGAUCUGGUAUAGAAGUGUAUUGUGUUUAGAUAGACUGGAAAUACUAAUAUGGCUUAAGAGUGUUCUGUCUGUAGGUAGACUGGGGUGUUGUAAUUGUGAGAAUUUUGAUCUGACUUGUAAGACUGCUAUGUUUAAAUAGAUUUGAACUAUGAAAAUGAUAGAUGAUGCAGAUUUUUUUAAGAAUGUCGUGUUUAUAGGUAGGCCGAAGAUAUCAAAAUGAUGAUAAUUGUAGUCUGGUUUAUAAGUGUACUGUAUCAGGUAGACCAGAUAUACUGGUCUAAUUUGAGGGUGUUUUUAUUACAGGUAAACUAGAGUGUUAAAAUGAUAAUUUUUAUCUGGUUUAAAACUGUACUGUGUUCAGGAACACUGGAGAUACUGAUUUGGUGUAUUUCUUAUAUUUAGGCUGAGGUGUUAAAAUGGUGAUAAUUUUGAUUAAUUUUAUAAGGAUAGUGUGUUUAGGUAGACUAGAAAUACUGAUUUUCUUCAAAGGUAUAUUUGUAAUAGGUAUAGAGUGUUUAGGUAGACAAGAAAUACUGAUCUGUUUUAGGGAUGUAUUUCUUACAAAUAUAUUGGAGUGUUGAAAUAUGGAAAAUUUGAUCUGAUUUAGAAGUUUAAUACAUUUAAUUAGAUGAAAGAUAUUAAGAUGGUGGAUAAUUAUUUAUGACAAGUAGAAAUUGAUUGUGUUUAUACAGACUGAGGAUACUUAGAUGGAUAGGAUUUUAAUCCAACUUAUAAAAAUGUGUUUGUAAAUUGUGUAGGAUUUUCUACAUAAGAAAACUUAUGGGAUCAGUUGAGGUCUUGUAAAAAAAA